CUUCGAUAGGAUCAAAUUUGAUCAACUCGUAUCUGUUCAUCAAUGAGCAAGAAUCCUUCUGACUUAACGUAUCCUGAACGUGAGUUGCAAUUGGAGCUACGGGAGGAAAUGUCCAUUUCGAGGUGUUUCAGCCGCGCGUCAAGCUCGCGACGUCUCCUUCGCGCGCCUAGUAGAAUCCGGCCAAUACGGUCGCGCGGUUCCCCCCACCCUUUGCGCGCGCAGCCCAUGAGGAAGCACGAAGUGUGGCGAACUUCAGUCUCGAGCCUCGCGUAGAUCGUAACGGACUCGCCUUCCGUGACGCGCUGUCCUUUCGCACUCGACCAGGCCCCAUGGAGAACCGCGGGUCCGACAGCAGGUGUAGUGCAGUGUUCUAGUAAGAACGAGGAGUAAGAAGAGCGAACAAACGACCGCCUCGACGGACGAGAGGCGCAGGAAAGGACGAAAGGCAUGCGACGUGAACACCUACGACUCGAACGGCACGGAAGGUUAGGCGGCAACAUCACGGUAUAGCAACAUAUAUCCUCACGUAUACACCCGCUUGUUUGCUCGACGCGACAGCUCGAGAACCGCGAACGAACUCGCUGUCGUCCAUCACUUGCGAUCGGAGCUAACGAGUCGAACGACGCCCUGCGAAAUCGCCAUUGCGGAACGCGCGAAAAGCGUUGCCGUUCGAAAAAGUCGCGACGUCCGGAACGCGCGUGCGCGCGCACGCGUCAGUUUCAGCUGGUCUGUCAAGUAGAGUCGCGCGCACAAGCGAGACAGAACGAACGACCGGUCGUCGCGAUGGGUGUCGUGCGGAUGGUGUCGUGCAGAUGAUGCGUCGAGCACACGCAUGAACCCCGCUGAGCUCCGUCGGCCUCGCAAAUUCGUUUGAGUUCCCGGAAUUGUCAGGAAAGAGAGAGACAGGGAGAAGGAACACGGUAAAGAAUUAACGCCCGAUCUUUUGGGAUGUCGACGUACAGGAGAUGGACUUUGUGGCCGGCGAGGACGCGCUUUCGACACUUCGCCAAGACGCCGACGAUCCAUCGCAGCUGAGAUCACCGAUGAUCGACCGGGACGAUCGAUCGUGUUGAUCGCGGAACUUCCUUCGGUGAGUUGUGCGCCUCGCGACGCCACUUCGACAUUUGAGCGGCACGAGUUGUCGGCGAGAACGAGUCUGUCAGCGACAGUCACAGAGGGGGAGAGUCUCGAGCUGCGUUUUCGGUGUCGUAACGACUCCGCGAGUAACCUGGAAUUAUCCCCGAGGGCUUCGGAAAAGGAGCAGCAGCCAUGGACUGGAGGGUGGUCGCGUUGGCAUUUCUGGUGAUCACAAUAACGAGGCACAGCAGCAGCAGCGCACACGCAGCCCAGAUACCUCAGCAAUUGCCGACGUCCACCGCGGCGAUAGCGAGUACCGUGCAGAUCGAGUGUGCGAGCGAGUCGAUAAUAGUCCGCAUCUCGACGGAGGGUAACACGGACUUCCACGGUCUGGUGUAUCCGCGCGGGCUCUCGAAGAACAGCUCCUGCCUGCAGGAGUACAGGAGCCAGCCCGCGCCCAUCACCUACAAUCUGCCUCUGAGGUCCUGCAACACUAUGCCUACCGAGCUGGAUGACGGCGGCAUCGAGUACUUCAACACCAUAGUGGUGCAGCCACACUUGAAGCUGGUCACGAACCAGGGCAGAGGUUUCCACGUGAGAUGCAGAUACCAGACGCGCGACAAAGUCGUAACGAACGAUCAGACCCAUGUGGCCAUGCUGCAGUCGUUGCCGUUGCAGGCGACCACUCCGAUGCCGGGAUGCACGAUGAAGAUCUUCAGCGGCGAUCCGACGCAGCAUCACGUGGCGGAGAACGUGAAGAUCGGCGAUCCCCUGACCUUGGUCAUCAGCAUUGACAAGCAAGAAAUGUUCGGCCUGAGGAUAUCCGACUGUCUGGUGCGCGACGGUCUCGGCUGGGGCGAGCAGCGGCUGAUAAACGACGAGGGUUGCCCGAUCGACGGCGAGAUCAUGGGACAGUUCACGUACAACGACGACAAGACGGAGGCCAGGGUGAACUUCCAGGCGCACAAGUUCCCGUACACGGCGAGCGUGUAUUACCAGUGCAACGUUAGGCUGUGCAUCAAGCAUGGCGGAGGAUGCAGUAAUACGCCGCCGUUGUGCAAUUCGAUAGCUAGACGACGCAGGGACACUGCCGAUGACGAUGAGGUGAAGGGUGUCGAAGGCUUGGACGGUACCCCGGCCACGAUCGAGGUUUACAGCGGCCUGUACGUGAACGAAGCCUCGGACAUUGGAUCGAAAUCGGACUUCACCGAUGACGUCUUCAGAGAAAGGGCGAUCGACGAUCCAAACACCAUUUGCAUAUCGCAGAGAAGCUUCGCCAUCGGGAUCGCUAUCGCCGGUCUGAUACUGAUGCUGGCAGUGGUAGCCGCUAUUCUUGUACUGCUCGCCAAGAGGCGACACAAGAGCAUCUCCACGACAGGGUCGUCCAUCUACAGUGGACCCUACACGAACACCGCCUACAGCCACAGUAGUUAAGUCCGCUCGUGAGCGCUCGUUCGCGGCGCGAAGUCUACGCGAGAUCGAGAUAACGAACGCCGCGGCUCUUCGAAGACCUGUCCCGCGAAGGUGUGCGCCGCCGCAGUGUUUUUUGUUCCGCGCGAUAUCUCGAGACAGGUCGCGAGAUGACAAACUCGAUCAGCGAUGACAAUUAAUCAGGCUGCUGAAACUGUUGCUGCUCUCGGCCGCACUGUCGAGAUUCGAGAUGCAACCGGGCGUGGUGAAUAAAACGCGAAUCUCUUGCUCAACUGCCGAUGCUACUACUGCCUGUUGUAUCUUCUUUCUUCUUAAUUCGUGGUCGUCUACGCGACACGCGACGUAUCUACAGUUGGAGUAACGGCGGUACGCUUCGAGGAAGAACUGACGCCAGUUGUUCCCUCGACAUUGAACUCCUUCCUGUUUUUCCUCCUUCUCCUUUGUCACACGGUCGACACGGUCGUCCUUUUGAACGAGAAGAUUUGUCUCGUGUUCAGAGCGCGGAACCUUCACGACAGUCUCGAUAAUAUGUGAAGCAAAUUUCGAUGGAUCUACAUUUAAGCUCUACGGCGUAAUAUUCCGAUGAGACACGAGUAAUUUGAUGUGAUAAAAGUGUAGAGAUGUAAAAAUUGUUAUUAGAAUCGAAAUAGUCUUAGCAAGGGAAAGUGGUGAUUUGAAAAAUUGCGCUUGAUGCGCGAACGCAUUAUUGAGACCUGUCUGGAACAGGAUUACGAACUUCUCGUUUUCUCUUCUUUUUUUUCUUUUCCUCUUAUUUUUGUUAGAAUAAUCCGCUAGCCUCAUCUUCACUCCCGAACCGCUGUCGUGCUAGAAAACGAGAAGUUGUGCUCGGAAUAACGAUCGUUCGCCGGCGCUUCGUUCACAGCGCGACGAGCUGUAUACUUUAGCGAAACUCUCACCCGUUAAUUCCGAUCGCGCACGUCUAACAAAACCGACGCGUCUCACCCUCCGAAUCGAAACGCGUCUAAUAUAUAUACCUACCUACGUAAUACUACUAUACUGUACACUAGUCCGGUAUACGCUGUCCUACCUAACACACACACACACACGCACGCACAGAGGACACGCGAGAGUACCGUGCAGCCCCGCGUGCGCGCGUCUCAAUAAUUUAACUCGAUUACCCGCGCAAACUCACUGUAGCGUUUUAAGGUGAAGUCGACGCCACGCGAGCUCCCGACUCGAUCAAAUACUCCGGUGAUACGUCGGCGGCGUUAUCACUCGUCUACACUCGCAGCAUCACCGCGCGCAAUUGUUCCCGGCAUCCACGCGAUCGACCUCUUCGUCCUCUCGAGAGCGGUCUCCGAUUCGUAUCCCUCUGGAAUGUCGCUGCAAAUACUCCGAGUCACCGUUACACGCGACUUAACAUGCGCGGCGGAAUUUUCGAGCUGUUUGUGUUUCCGAUCACGUUGCAAGUGGCAUGUUAGCGUUAAUUCGACUCUUCAGAUUCACGAAUGACGGGGAAUUCGAUCUGCCAAUGUGAUAAUGCAUCAUAUUAAAUUGUCUCUUCUCUUAAACGAUGUAGAAACGGAAAUAGAGGCAAUAGUAAAUCGAGUAACAGCAGAGGUAUUAAUUCUAUUUUGUAUAAUGUAGUGUUAAUAUGAUGUCUGUUAUGUCAACAACGAUAUUUGUCGAAUGUGCCAACCACUCAUGUUUCCGAGCGUGAUCGGAAACGCAUUUAUGAUAUAAAGCUUAAUGAUAAUAAUGAGAGAAAACGCAACGGUUCAACAGAAUGCAUUGUUGGCACUGGUGAGCUUCCGAAGCUGUGUGCGUGAGUGUGUGUGCGUGUAUGAAUGGAUCAUUGCCGUCGUAGAGAUGCUCGUACACUCAAUUGCAUCAUAGUGAGCUGAUAUAAAAUGAUGACUCUUUCUAAAAAAAAUUCUCCCCGCUAAUCACACUCCAAAUCACACUCCGGUAAUGUCUACGACGUUGCGAUGCUCGAGUGAAUGAUAAGUACAUGAGCUCGGUUCGGAGCGUACACUCAGAUCUGUAAUUCGUUGCGACGCUUAAACGUGUUAAUGUUAAUUAGUCUAAUUGAAACGAGGUGCUGCUCCAAUGUCGGAAUUCCUCCGGGAACACUCGCGCUUGGAGUGUUCGGUCGAUCUCGGGCGAGAACGAUUCUCGCGGGUGGUUCGAUCAAUUCAACAAUUCUUCGGGUUUGUCGGACCUAAUCGACGUGUGGCGAGGAGGAUACCGACAUCGUGCCAGCGUUGGUAGGAGCGUUUAGAUUUUAACUGACAAAGACAAGGAACUUACUGCCAACUACGCGCAGUCGCGUAACGUGGGUCCAACGUGGUGGUGGGUACAUGAUCAUAAAAUUUACAUUUAAAGAGGAAUCAACACGCGCGUAACGUAACUUGGUAACUCAUAAAGCGCUAAUACGCUAAGCCGCCGCCGCGCAGGCGGCGGAGUGUGGUGUAGUUUUUUUUUCUUCCGGAAACGAGAGAGAGAGAGAAGUAAUAAUGUAUGCGACAGCUGCUCCGGAUGGACCCGACGGUGCGUCGAAUGAGACGCGACGCUGACGCCAAGUGAGCGCCGUCAUGCUUUUGCGAUGGAAGAGCAUUUCACCGAUUAGUCUGGAGGCUGUUCUAUAUGCGCGGCGAAUGCAAUGCUCACGUAUAUCUUAUUGGCGUAAAAGCUCCUUAAAGAUUUUGGUCUCUCGCACUAUCUUUUUUUUAAUGACAGAAGCGAGAAAAUGCAUGCUAAAAAUUCUUGCGAAAUACGUUAAAAUAAAAAUAUAUAUCCAUAAAGUAACACUUGCAAUCGAUUAAACAAAUUUAUAAGAUAUUCCGUGCAUUCCCCUUUUGCUCUAACAAUCAAUACUUUAUUGUAAAUUAACAUGGCAUACAAUUCAUCUUCUUAUUUCUUUUCUUUUGCCUGGAAAGGCAGUUACACAGGUUCGCCAAUGCCCAAACGCUUUUUACACGAACACCAAGAUUCUUGUCGGAGGCUAUGCAAACCAUGUCAAGUCUAAGAUAUAAGAUUUGACUAUGAAUAUCAGCCUUAGUAUAAUAAUAUUAAGAUCAUGCACUUAAAAAUAUCUUACAAUUAGUCGUGUACAUUUUCAAUAUUAAAACAUAGAUAAAGUACCCACAUUUUGCUCGAAUUUCGGGAAACAAACGCGCUGAUUGCGAUUUACAAUCGUCAUAAUUACAGACGUUAAAUGAUGUCUUGUUUGCUGGGAAGUAAUACGCAAUCGAUU